GUUAAAGUACAUGUAGUACAACUUCACAACCUUGUGGAAACCCCAACUAGAUCAAAGCCUCGUCUCAUUUCACAAACUUCGUGACAUAUACCAAAACAUAAAAUGUUAUUUCUAAUACUGUUUCCAAUCCUACUUGGAUUGGCAAACGCUGGCAAAUUUUUGUUUUACAUGCCAUUUGUGACCAAAUCCAUUAUGAUAACUUUUAUGCCGGUGGCCGAAGAAUUAGGCAAACGAGGCCAUCAAGUGAGUGUUGUCAUACCAGCAGCUCAUAACAAGGAACUGAAGAAUGUGGAACAGAUUGUAGUUCCAAAUAUUAUGGAAGAGAAAAUGAAGGAGCUUUCGAGUGAACUGUUGACCGGAAAGACUACCAUGAUGCCGUUUGAUAAGAUGCUGGAUAUGGCAUUCACCACCAAUAGGAACGCCCUUAUGGAAGAAGCCUUACAAACUCACAUCCGACGAAAGACUGAUUUCGACGUGGUGGUUGUGUCCCCAUUCCUGGCCAAUGAUGCCGGGUAUUAUUUGGCCCACUACUUUGAAGCCGAUUUGGCUCUUUACUUCACGGGUCAAGCCACUUUGCCAUGGAUGGAUCAUGCCAUGGGCAUGUCACCUAGCCCUUCGUUCAAUCCGUUGAUUCUGUUUAGUUUUAAACAUCCCAUGACGUUUUUACAACGAGUCCUGAAUACUGUUGCCACAAUGGUCUUUGAGCAUGGAGUAAGGAACUGGUAUAUUCAUAAAAACGUUGAUGCUAUCCUGGAUGACUUAUUUCCGGGUGUGAAACGCCCCAGCCUCCUAGACAUCGAAAGAAAUGCCUCCCUCGCUUUGACCUUUGGCCAUCCAUUGAUCAUGGAUGGCAAUCGUCCUUACGCACCCAACUUCAUCAGCUUGGGCAUGAUGAAUUGCCGAGAGUCCAAAGAGUUACCGCAAGACCUCAAGUCCUACAUGGAUGAUGCUCCAGAGGGUGUGAUCUACGUUUCCUUUGGCUCAGUGGUCAAAGCGUCUCAAAUGUCAGAUGAACGGAGAGUUAUUUUUAAUAACGUCUUUAGGCGAUUGAAGCAAAAGGUCUUGUGGAAAUGGGAAAAAGAUACAAUGACGGAUCAGGCCAGUAAUGUCCAGUUGAACAAAUGGCUUCCCCAACAAGACAUUCUGGGCCAUCCGAAUAUGAAACUCUUCAUCACUCAUGGAGGCCAAUCCAGCUCUCAAGAGACUCUUUGUCACAAAAAACCAGUCGUGGUCAUUCCCGUGGCCGGUGAUCAACCAGCCAAUGGUCAAGAAGCUGAACGAGUUGGUUUUGGCCUCAGUAUUCCAUUCCCCGAGGUCACGGAAGACAACCUCUACGAAGCUAUUCAGAAGGUGUUGAGUGAUCCGAAGUUUGCCCAAACUGCUGAAAGGCAUGGAUCAGCCCUCAACGAUCAGAUGACCAGGCCCUUGGAUCGCGCCAUCUGGUGGUUGGAAUACAAACUCCGCCAUCCUGGAUCGGAUCAUUUGCAGACACCAAUUCACGAUUUGGCUUGGUUUCAAUACUACCUCAUUGAUGUUUGGGCAUUCUUAGCCUUGAUUGUGUUACUCAUCAUUGCUAUCAUAUUCAAAUUGUGUCAAUUUUGUUGUUGCCGAAAGUCUAAGCAAAUCAAAAGCUUGAACCAAUCAAAGAAGAAGCGAAACUAGAAAAAGACAAGUUUUUGUAUGUAACUGUCAACCGAAUAAUAACAACUUGUUUGUGGUGCUCAAAGAA